GGAGGGGGAGGGGCAGGUUUUGGUUCCCAUCAUGGCUAUCACACAGUUUCGGUUAUUUAAAGUUUGUACCUGCUUAGCGACAUUAUUCUCCUUCCUAAAGAGAUUAAUAUGCAGAUCUGGCAGAGGACGGAAAUUAAGUGGAGACCAAAUAACUUUGCCAACUACAGUUGAUUAUUCAUCAGUUCCAAAACAGACAGAUAUUGAAGAGUGGACUUCCUGGGAUGAAGAUGCUCCCACAAGUAUAAAGAUUGAAGGAGGGAAUGGGAAUGUGGCAACACAACAAAAUGCUUUGGAACAACUGGAACCUGACUAUUUUAAGGACAUAACACCAACUAUAAGGAAAACUCAGAAAAUCAUUAUUAAGAAGAGAGAACCAUUAAAUUUUGGCGUCCCAGAUGGUAGCACAGGUUUCUCUAGUAGAUUAGCAGCUACACAAGAUAUGCCAUUUAUUCAUCAAUCACCUGAAUUAGGUGACUUGGAUACCUGGCAGGAAAAUACCAAUGCAUGGGAAGAGGAAGAUGCAGCCUGGCAAGCAGAAGAAGUUCUGAGGCAGCGGAAGAUAGCAGACAGAGAAAAGAGAGCAGCGGAACAGCAGAGAAAGAAAAUGGAAAAGGAGGCACAGUGGCUAAUGAAAAAGGAGCAAAACAAAAUUGGUGUGAAACUUUCAUAACAAAUGUUCUUCAAAUGUCAUAGUGCCAGUGGGAGAAAUAUAAAAUCCAC